AUGCUAGCAUACCCCUACGACUACGCAUUGUUCCACCCAGGCUACUUCUGCAGCACCUGUCGCCAUGCGAAACCCGCGAGGUCGAAACACUGUUCACUCUGUCGGGCCUGUAUCCAACGCCACGACCACCACUGUAUCUGGAUCAACAACUGUGUCGGAAGGAACAAUUACCUGUGGUUUUGUCUGUUGUUGGCCAGCAUUGCGGUCCUGCUCGCUUAUGGAGCGAUAUUGGGUUAUGUGCUGCUUGAUGCUGAAUUACAACAAAAGUUUGUUCCCGCGGAAUUGACGAGGGGAAGUGUCACGGCCAAACGAUGGAGUACGACCUUGACUUGGGCCGAGUUUGGGCACUGUUGGGCUUGGGUGAUUUCCAAGGAGUGGCGGGUUGGUGCGGUGACCAUGUUGAUGGCCAUGUCGUGGCCGCUGGCGUUGGCGUUUUUGAUGUAUCAUGGGUACCUGCUCUGGGCCGGCAUGACGACUAAUGAGAGUGCAAAGUGGCAGGAGUGGAAGGAGGAUAUUAAUGAUGGAGUGGUGUAUAGAGCGGAAAUGUGGAGGAUUAGAGAAACGUACCCGCCCCUGCCGGAGGAUGUUGAGCCGAGGGAGGAGGAUGUUAUGUGGCCAAAGGGGGUGAGGGCGAGGUGGUGGUUGAUUAGGACGAGGGAUGGGAGACCGCCUUUGAAGAAGGUGAAGGUGAAGGAGGGAGAGGAUCGCGAGGAACCUGAUGAACGAUGGGUUCGUGUCAGGUCCAUCGCGGACGUUGAGAAUGUUUAUGAUUUGGGGUUUUGGGAUAAUUUGGUCGAUGGGCUGUUUAACAGGGGGUGA